AUGGAACAGCAAUCACCACCGCAGCUUACCAGAGGCCCUGUCGCACAAGCUCUUCAACAACCGGUUCCAGAAUGGCUCAUGCAGGAGCCAGCCCAGAGACUUCAGAAUCCCGAUGAUGCCUCUCCUGGUUUCGUCAACUAUCAGACACACCGCCCCGCCUCUGCAAAUGAUAAUCAUGAUCCAUUCUCGGCUCCGCCUCCACUCCCAAAACGUCCAAACGUGCCAGUACCGAACUCUUUCAUCCCUCGUAAGCCUGUCAACCAACCUGGGAAAAGGAUACUCAUUGCUGUAUUUGGUGUAACGGGGACCGGAAAAACAACCUUUAUCAAAGCCCUUGCUGGUGAGGCGGCAAGCCAACUUCGAACUGGACAUACCCUUGAAUCUUGCACCCAGGAAAUUGAGACGGUUGAUUUCAAACUUGACGGUCAUGAUGUCACACUUGUGGAUACUCCGGGAUUCGACGACUCGGAAAGGAGUGACACUGAAAUUCUCGAACUAAUAGCAAAUUGGCUAGGAAGUUCCUACAAGGAUAACACAUUACUUUCAGGGAUUGUCUACCUCCACCGAAUAUCGGAUCUUUGUGGGACCGAAAAUCUCUCCAAAGUGUGUCUGUUGACUACAAUGUGGGACAAAGUCACCCCUGAAUUUGGAGAGGCAAAAGAAAGAGAGUUGAAAAGUCCGGACGGCUUCUGGGGCCUCAUGAUUGCUGUACGCAGUAUGCUAGUCAAUGAGCCGACAACUCUCAAGUUGCAAGAGGAAAUUGUUUGCGGCAAGCUUUUAGGGCAGACCGAUGCUGGCAUUUCCAUCAAGGAGGACAUUGUGAGAUUGGAAAAGAUGUAUGAGGAACAGCUGACACAAUUGAGAGAAGAAAUGGGAUCGAAAAUGGCGAAAGGCAACCAACAGUUCCAGACCCAAAUCCAAGCCGAGUAUGCGCAAAUCAUUUCCAAGAUGCAGAAACAAGCAGAGGACCGACACAUCCUUGCACAGACUCAAAUCAAUAACCUUGAGCGCCGGUGGCAAGAAGCAGCUUCCCAGAGUGCAAAACAAGAACGCGAGCUGCAGGCUUCUGCGGCUAGAGACCGCGAGCUCCUUAAAAUUGCCGAAAUGGAGAAGCAACAGGCCGAAAAGGCCGUCGCUAAGAAGGAGAUGGAAAUGGAGCGCCUCGAGUGGGCUUCCAGUGCAAGAGAGCGCGAGCUUCAUCGGAUGGCCGCGGCGCAAGAGCGCAGGGAGAUUUCGGAAGCAGGACAAAGAGAUCGACUCGAAACGGACCAAGAGAGAGGUGGCUACGAAGAGUAUCCACGUCGACGAAGAGCGGAAGGGGUCGGUUAUGGACCGAAUACCGUCAUGGCGAGAUCGAACUCUGCACCGGUGUACCCCCCGGGCUAUGAUCCUGAACUGAAGAAAAGGCGGGAUAAGUAUGACGGACAGCCGUAUAUGACGUUCCAGUGCUAUCGGGCUAGGACAUUCAAUCCGGGAUGUGGGCGGCCAUUCGAUGUUGUCAACCCUACACGGGAUAAGAUUCAAUGUUGUUAUUGCAGUAAGAAAUGGAAGAUUUUGGGACCGGGCAGACUUGGCUAA